CUGGGCCCGGCGGCGCGCGGCGCGAUCAUCCUGCAGCGUCGACAGGCGGCGCUCAUCGCUGUCGACGACCGACGCGUCGACGGCGCCGGAGUCCGUCGAGACCGACGCGGGCUGCAACAGGGCCCUGCGGCCCGGGAGGGAGACGUUAGUGGGCCGACGGUCGGCGGUGCAGGGGGCUGCGGCGGCGGAGGAGUGGGCCAUAUAUUGAGGAGGAUUAUCAUCAGCUCCAGACGGACGUAGCCCAAAGACAUGUUCAACAUCUACCGAGCGGUAAAGGAGUCCCGGCAGCGACAGGAGGCCCAGCUGACCGGUCACGACCUGUACUCGAGUCGGGCGGCACGGGACCGCGCCCUCCGCGAGCAGCAGCAGCUGGAGCAGCGGCGCCACGGAGUACGCGACCCCAACAGGACCACUGCCCGGGAUCUGUUCCGCAGUCCGGAGCCCCAGGCGAGCACACCUCGGAAGCUGACACGCUGCGGCCGGCGGCCCAGCGCCCUGCCCAACGAGAUCGACGGUCUCUCCCUGACCGGCGACGGGCCGACGCAGAUACGACCCCGCAGCAGCCCGCUGGUCACCACAUGGCCGCCUGACGCGAGUGACGCGGCCGGCCGGCCCCCCGCCGCACCACUAACGGAGCAGCAGCGAUCGGCAGUGGCCAGCCAGGCGGCAGCCAGUCUCUGCCAGCAGUACCUGGCCAGGUCGGAGCGCUACCGACUCAUCCAGCCACUCAAUGACCUCGGCUGCAGGAGCAACAAACAUUGGUUUCUGGUUCACGAUCAGCUCGUGAAGACGGAGCGUCUAUUGACGAUCACAUCGGUCACCCACCGACCCGCGCUGCUGCAGCAGAGCGAUCGAGUCAAGACGCUGCGGGACCGUCUGACGCGCGCCAAGCACCCGUACCUGCUGCCGGUGCUGGACGUGGACCUGCUGGACCUGCCGCAGGGCUACCCGGCCGUGGUGGUCAUCACGCCCUGCAGCCACUCCGGCAGCCUCAGGGACAUUCUGUAUAAGUGCGCCUGGGAUCGCGACUGGAGCGAAAAGUACGACCGGCCGCCGGCGGAGCGGCUCCGUCUGCCCGUCUCACAGGUGCGCCGGCUGGCUCUGCAGCUCGUCGAGGCCAUCCUGCACCUCAGACGGAGCGGCAUCGCACUCUCCUUCGGCCACCUGCACGCCGGCAACGUCAUCGUGCAGAACGGCGUGGCCAGGUUGUCCGACCUGGAGGCGUCGCUGCUGGAGUACAGCCCGUCCGACUGUAUGAACUUGCCGGCCUCAGACGUUCUCUGCAUCGGAUCGCUCAUGUAUGAGAUGGUGGCCGGGCGAUUGCCGGGGCCGCGCGGGCCCACCCCCGCCGACCUGGCACAGCUCGACGACGAGACACGUUCACAGCUGGGACCUGUGCUGGAGUUCAUUUUCGACAACCCCGGCGGCCACGAGCCGGGCCUCGACGUGCUGCCGCACCUGGAGUUUUUCCGAGACGUUCAUCUGCGGGAACUGGCCCGCCGACCACCGAGCCUGACUGAGAUCAAAGUGCUCACGCCGGUUCGCACACCUGAGACGGGCCAAUUUGGUGCAUCGGAACACUCGGUCGCCCGCAGUCCCCAGCGCAGGAGAAAGCGGUCAAGCUCCAUGCCCGGCCAUAGCUGUAAGGAGCUGCAGGAGUUGCGCAGAAUGCACGAGCAUCUCUCUCAGUUGGAGCUGCGCUGAGGAGACGAGCUGCAGAGGCUCUGAGCUGAGACAAUUGUUGGUGCAGCUGGGACAGUUACCGGUGCAGCUGGGUUGCGAGUUACGGUGGGCAAAGCCGCUGAGCUGUGGGUCAAGGCGGGCAGAGCAGUUUCGAAUGAGCUGCGAGCUACGAUGGACAUGGUAGCUGCGAAUGAGCUGCGAAUUCAGGCGGACAGAGCAGCUGCGGAUGAGUUGCGAGCUGGACUGGAGAGAAGCUACCGCAGCUCAGUUCUGAACUGUGCUGGAGAGAGUUAUACCGCAGCUGUGAGUGCUAGAGAGUGCAACUGUCGCAGCUGUGAGUGCUGAAGAGAGCAGCUGCCGUAGCUGUGAGUGCUGGGGAGAGCAACUGCCGCAGCUGUGAGUGCUGGAGGGAGCGGCUGCCGCAGCUGUGAGUGCUGGAGAAAGCAGCUGUCGCAGCUAAGAGUGCUGACAGAGCAGCAGCUAUCGCAGCUGUGACAGUGCGUGCAGUGAGUGUUCGGACAGCCGUCAGCUGAUCUGCCGGGACGCGGCUGUCUCCCGCCGAGUUCCUACCACCCCCGAGGGAAGGGGGAGGGGAGGGGGAGGGGAGCGUUUAUCGAGUGCUGAGCUGGCCCGCUGGCCCUACUAUCGGACCAGUCAGCAUAUUGGUCACUGCUGACACAGCCGUUACACGCAUUGUACGUGUUUACCGUCCACCGUGUGGGUGGACAGAACGUGAAGGGAAUGGUGGGUGGGUAAAAAGAUAAAAACCGAACGUAAAAGAAUGACUGAAAAUAAAUAUCAGUCAACAUAGCAUCCUACAUAGAAAUAAACAACAAAACAUUGUAGCACCGGGGAAGAAAAGAACAUUACAUUGCAAAAACAUUGCAUUUUUAUCUGAUGCGUUUUGAGAUGUACGGAACAGGAUAUCGAGGAGUGUUAUUUUGUAGCGAUGCCUGUGCUUUGUUCGUCAUGUCAGGACAUAAUAGCCACUCUGUGAAAAUGUCCAUGCAAUGAGUUAGCUGUGUUGCGUAAGAUUAUGUUGUAUAGAUGUUACAUUUACCCAAAUUUAUAUGCUUAUUCGAGCUUCGACUGUCCCGUGACCGUCAAUACGCUUUGCGCUUUGUAAAUGGCGUGACACAGUGAAAAUGGGCCCAACGAGAUGUCUAAGAUUGACGGACGGGCGAUGAAUAGACGUCUGGCGAAUGGGUGCUCAGUCGGGAUUUUCAUUGUUACUUGUAUGUUACAUCUGCAUGACAAAAACGUGUAUAUGAAGGAAAAUAUGGAUCAAUUUUUUUCUUUGCUUGCAUGGAUGCAGUGGGAGUAAGGGACAUCUUUUAAUCAGGGCCGGUGCAUACGAUUAAUAGAAGAAAGAUAGAGGAAAAUUUUGAUACGUCUAACAUCCCCUGGAUGCAGAGUAACGAGGAAUGAAAUGACUUCACAGUUCACAUCGAUGUAUGCAUAAGAUGUUGCGUGAUGCGUAUGUGCGUGUCCUCUUUUUUAUUUCCAAGGCGAAAGUUUUGAGGUGACUGCUGUGCAGAUUUCGAUGUUAGUCCGAGCAUCCGUUACUCUAAAAAGUCAGGCCGUAUGUAACUUAGCACCUCUGUAAGCCAUGCAUUCCAGGAAGAGGAUUCCUGUGAGAGUGGAGUGAACAACUGACUCUGUAAAUGUCUGUCAUUUGUAAUCCGCUUGUGAUGGUGUGGCUUUGUGAUAUAUCUGUAAA